AUGCUUAAAUCCACCGUCACGAAGAGACUCAAUUCCUCUGUUACUAAAGCAAGCUUAAAAAAAACUGCCUUACAUGAUUUACAUGUCGAAUUAGGAGGUACAAUGGUCCCUUAUGCUGGAUAUUCUAUGCCUGUAUUGUACAAGGGCCAAACUCAUAUUGAAUCUCAUAACUGGACUAGAACAAAUGCCGGCCUUUUUGACGUUUCUCACAUGAUGCAAAGUAGAUUAACUGGUAAAAAUGCAGUCUCGUUCUUACAUAAGGUCACUCCUACUGAUUUCGAGUCUCUAAAAGCUGAUCAGGGUACUUUAUCUGUCUUAUUAAACAAUACUGGUGGUAUUGUAGAUGACACAAUGAUCACAAAAGAAAAAGAAAACAGUUUCUAUGUGGUAACCAAUGCUGGUUGUAUUAAAAGAGACACUGAAUUCUUGUUGGGCGAACUCAAACAAAUUGGUGAAGAUGUAAAUUGGGAAGUUAUUAAGGAUAAAUCAUUACUUGCUUUACAAGGUCCAAAGGCUUCUCAAGUAUUUGAAAAGCUACUGAAAGAAGGCCAAACUACAAAAGAUUUAUAUUUUGGCUCUAGAAGAUCAUUCCAAUUAUAUGAUGGCACUACUAUAGAUGUUGCUAGAUCUGGGUAUACUGGGGAAGAUGGUUUCGAAAUUAGUGUACCAAAUGAUAAAGCUGAAAACUUUGCUCGUUUAUUAUUAGAUAAUUCUGAAACUAAACCAAUCGGUUUGGCCGCUAGAGACAGUUUACGUCUUGAGGCUGGUAUGUGUUUAUAUGGCCAUGAAUUAGAUGAAACUAUAACCCCUGUUGAAAGUGGAUUAAAUUGGUUAAUCUCGAAAUCUAGAAGAGCAGGAGAAAAAGGUAAAUUUAAUGGUUUUGAUAAUAUUAUGGAUCAAUUAAACAACAAAAACUACACCAGAACACGCAUUGCAUUCAAAUAUUUGGGUAAAGGACCUGCAGCUAGACCAGAUGCCAAAAUAUUUACUACUGAUAAAUCAAAACAAAUAGGUAUUGUAACAUCUGGAUCUGCGUCUCCAAGUUUAGGAAAUAUAAAUAUCGGACAAGGCUAUGUCGAUAAAGCUUUCCGUAAAAGUGGAACUGAACUGUUGGUUGAAGUAAGGAAUAAAAUGUUCCCAAUUGUUUUAGAAAAAAUGCCAUUAUUCCUACUGGUUACUACAGAGGUUAAAUAA